ACGCCGAGGGAAGCCCCGACUCCGUAGUCGCUGCACAGAGUCUGUCUCUUCGCCGGUUCCCGGCCCCGUGGAUCCUACUUCUCUGUCGCCCGCGGUUCGCCGCCCCGCUCGCCGCCGCGAUGCCAGUGUUUCAUACGCGCACGAUCGAGAGCAUCCUGGAGCCGGUGGCACAGCAGAUCUCCCACCUGGUGAUAAUGCACGAGGAGGGCGAGGUGGACGGCAAAGCCAUUCCUGACCUCACCGCGCCCGUGGCCGCCGUGCAGGCGGCCGUCAGCAACCUCGUCCGGGUUGGAAAAGAGACUGUUCAAACCACUGAGGAUCAGAUUUUGAAGAGAGAUAUGCCACCAGCAUUUAUUAAGGUUGAGAAUGCUUGCACCAAGCUUGUCCAGGCAGCUCAGAUGCUUCAGUCAGACCCUUACUCAGUGCCUGCUCGAGAUUAUCUAAUUGAUGGGUCAAGGGGCAUCCUCUCUGGAACAUCAGACCUGCUCCUUACCUUCGAUGAGGCUGAGGUCCGUAAAAUUAUUAGAGUUUGCAAAGGAAUUUUGGAAUAUCUUACAGUGGCAGAGGUGGUGGAGACUAUGGAAGAUUUGGUCACUUACACAAAGAAUCUUGGGCCAGGAAUGACUAAGAUGGCCAAGAUGAUUGACGAGAGACAGCAGGAGCUCACUCACCAGGAGCACCGAGUGAUGUUGGUGAACUCGAUGAACACCGUGAAAGAGUUGCUGCCAGUUCUCAUUUCAGCUAUGAAGAUUUUUGUAACAACUAAAAACUCAAAAAACCAAGGCAUAGAGGAAGCUUUAAAAAAUCGCAAUUUUACUGUAGAAAAAAUGAGUGCUGAAAUUAAUGAGAUAAUUCGUGUGUUACAACUCACCUCUUGGGAUGAAGAUGCCUGGGCCAGCAAGGACACUGAAGCCAUGAAGAGAGCAUUGGCCUCCAUAGACUCCAAACUGAACCAGGCCAAAGGUUGGCUCCGUGACCCUAGUGCCUCCCCAGGGGAUGCUGGUGAGCAGGCCAUCAGACAGAUCUUAGAUGAAGCUGGAAAAGUUGGUGAACUCUGUGCAGGCAAAGAACGCAGGGAGAUUCUGGGAACUUGCAAAAUGCUAGGGCAGAUGACUGAUCAAGUGGCUGACCUCCGUGCCAGAGGACAAGGAUCCUCACCGGUGGCCAUGCAGAAAGCUCAGCAGGUAUCUCAGGGUCUGGAUGUGCUCACAGCAAAAGUGGAAAAUGCAGCUCGCAAGCUGGAAGCCAUGACCAACUCAAAGCAGAGCAUUGCAAAGAAGAUCGAUGCUGCUCAGAACUGGCUUGCAGAUCCAAAUGGUGGACCGGAAGGAGAAGAGCAGAUUCGAGGUGCUUUGGCUGAAGCUCGGAAAAUAGCAGAAUUAUGUGAUGAUCCUAAAGAAAGAGAUGACAUUCUACGUUCCCUUGGGGAAAUAUCUGCUCUGACUUCUAAAUUAGCAGAUCUACGAAGACAGGGGAAAGGAGAUUCUCCAGAGGCUCGAGCCUUGGCCAAACAGGUGGCCACGGCCCUGCAGAACCUGCAGACCAAAACCAACCGGGCUGUGGCCAACAGCAGACCGGCCAAAGCAGCUGUACACCUUGAGGGCAAGAUUGAGCAAGCACAGCGGUGGAUUGAUAAUCCCACAGUGGAUGACCGUGGAGUCGGUCAGGCUGCCAUCCGGGGGCUUGUGGCCGAAGGGCAUCGUCUGGCUAAUGUUAUGAUGGGGCCUUAUCGGCAAGAUCUUCUCGCCAAGUGUGACCGAGUGGACCAGCUGACAGCCCAGCUGGCUGACCUGGCUGCCAGAGGGGAAGGGGAGAGUCCUCAGGCGCGAGCACUUGCAUCUCAGCUCCAAGACUCCUUAAAGGAUCUAAAAGCUCGGAUGCAGGAGGCCAUGACUCAGGAAGUGUCAGAUGUUUUCAGCGAUACCACAACUCCCAUCAAGCUGUUGGCAGUGGCAGCCACGGCGCCUCCUGAUGCGCCUAACAGGGAAGAGGUAUUUGAUGAGAGGGCAGCUAACUUUGAAAACCAUUCAGGAAAGCUUGGUGCUACGGCCGAGAAGGCGGCUGCGGUUGGUACUGCUAAUAAAUCAACAGUGGAAGGCAUUCAAGCCUCAGUGAAGACGGCCCGAGAACUCACACCCCAGGUGGUCUCGGCUGCUCGUAUCUUACUUAGGAACCCUGGAAAUCAAGCUGCUUAUGAACAUUUUGAGACCAUGAAGAACCAGUGGAUCGAUAAUGUUGAAAAAAUGACAGGGCUGGUGGACGAAGCCAUUGAUACCAAAUCUCUGUUGGAUGCUUCAGAAGAAGCAAUUAAAAAAGACCUGGACAAGUGCAAGGUAGCUAUGGCCAACAUUCAGCCUCAGAUGCUGGUUGCUGGGGCAACCAGUAUUGCUCGUCGGGCCAACCGGAUCCUGCUGGUGGCUAAGAGGGAGGUGGAGAAUUCCGAGGAUCCCAAGUUCCGUGAGGCUGUGAAAGCUGCCUCUGAUGAAUUGAGCAAAACCAUCUCCCCGAUGGUGAUGGAUGCAAAAGCUGUGGCUGGAAACAUUUCCGACCCUGGACUGCAAAAGAGCUUCCUGGACUCAGGAUAUCGGAUCCUGGGAGCUGUGGCCAAGGUCAGAGAAGCCUUCCAACCUCAGGAGCCUGACUUCCCGCCGCCUCCACCAGACCUUGAACAACUCCGACUAACAGAUGAGCUUGCUCCUCCCAAACCACCUCUGCCUGAAGGUGAGGUCCCUCCACCUAGGCCUCCACCACCAGAGGAAAAGGAUGAAGAGUUCCCUGAGCAGAAGGCCGGGGAGGUGAUUAACCAGCCAAUGAUGAUGGCUGCCAGACAGCUCCAUGAUGAAGCUCGCAAAUGGUCCAGCAAGCCGGGCAUCCCAGCCGCUGAGGUGGGUAUAGGUGUUGUAGCUGAGGCAGAUGCGGCCGAUGCUGCUGGGUUCCCUGUCCCCCCUGACAUGGAAGACGAUUACGAACCUGAGCUGCUGUUAAUGCCAUCCAAUCAGCCGGUCAACCAGCCCAUUCUGGCCGCGGCUCAGUCCUUGCAUCGGGAAGCUACCAAGUGGUCUAGUAAGGGCAAUGACAUCAUUGCAGCAGCCAAGCGCAUGGCUCUGCUGAUGGCUGAGAUGUCUCGGCUGGUAAGAGGGGGCAGUGGUACCAAGCGGGCACUCAUUCAGUGUGCCAAGGACAUCGCCAAGGCCUCAGAUGAGGUGACUCGGUUGGCCAAGGAGGUUGCCAAGCAGUGCACAGAUAAACGGAUUAGAACCAACCUCUUACAGGUAUGUGAGCGAAUCCCAACCAUAAGCACCCAGCUCAAAAUCCUGUCCACAGUGAAGGCCACCAUGCUGGGCCGGACCAACAUCAGUGAUGAGGAGUCUGAGCAGGCCACAGAGAUGCUGGUUCACAAUGCCCAGAACCUCAUGCAGUCUGUGAAGGAGACUGUGCGGGAAGCCGAAGCUGCUUCAAUCAAAAUUCGAACAGAUGCUGGAUUUACACUGCGCUGGGUUAGAAAGACUCCCUGGUACCAGUAGGCACCUGGCUGAGCCUGGCUGGCACAGAAACCUCUACUAAAAAGAAGGAAAAUGAUCUGAGUCCCAGGAGCUGCCCAGAGUUGCUGGGAGCUGAAAAAUCACAUCCUGGCCUGGCACAUCAGAAAGGAAUGGGGGCCUCUUCAAAUUAGAAAACAUUUAUACUCUUUUUUCAUGGACACUUUGAAAUGUGUUUCUGUAUAAAGCCUGUAUUCUCAAACACAGUUACACCUGUGCACCCUCUAUCCCAAUAGGCAGACUGGGUUUCUAGCCCAUGGACUUCACAUAAGCUCAGAAUCCAAGUGAACACUAGCCAGACACUCUGCUCUGCCCUUGUUCCCUAGGGGACACUUCCCUCUGUUUCUCUUUCCUUGGCUCCCAUUCACUCUUCCAGACUCCCAAGACCCAGGGCCCAGGCAAAUCAGUUACUAAGAAGAAAAUUGCUGUGCCUCCCAAAAUUGUUUUGAGCUUUCCAUGUUGCUGCCAACCAUACCUUCCUUCCCUGGGCUGUGCUACCUGGGUCCUUUUCAGAAGUGAGCUUCACUGCUACAGGGGAAGGUGGCCUCUGUGGAGCCCCAGCAUAUGGGGGCCUGGAUUCAUUUCCUGCCCUUCCUCAGUUUAAUCCUUCUAGUUUCCCACAAUAUAAAACUGUAUUUCACUGUCAGGAAGAAAUCACAGAAUCAUAUGAUUCUGCUUUUACCAUGCCCCUGAGCAAUGUCUGUGCUAGGGAAACUUCCCGUCCCAUAUCCUGCCUCAGCCCGCCAAGGUAGCCAUCCCAUGAACACACUGUGUCCUGGUGCUCUCUGCCACUGGAAGGGCAGAGUAGCCAGGGUGUGGCCCUGCCAUCUUCCCAGCAGGGCCACUCCCGGCACUCCAUGCUUAGUCACUGCCUGCAGAGGUCUGUGCUGAGGCCUUAUCAUUCAUUCUUAGCUCUUAAUUGUUCAUUUUGAGCUGAAAUGCUGCAUUUUAAUUUUAACCAAAACAUGUCUCCUAUCCUGGUUUUUGUAGCCUUCCUCCACAUCCUUUCUAAACAAGAUUUUAAAGACAUGUAGGUGUUUGUUCAUCUGUAACUCUAAAAGAUCCUUUUUAAAUUCAGUCCUAAGAAAGAGUGCUUGUCCCCUAAGAGUGUUUAAUGGCAAGGCAGCCCUGUCUGAAGGACACUUCCUGCCUAAGGGAGAGUGGUAUUUGCAGACUAGAAUUCUAGUGCUGCUGAAGAUGAAUCAAUGGGAAAUACUACUCCUGUAAUUCCUACCUCCCUGCAACCAACUACAACCAAGCUCUCUGCAUCUACUCCCAAGUAUGGGGUUCAAGAGAGUAAUGGGUUUCAUAUUUCUUAUCACCACAGUAAGUUCCUACUAGGCAAAAUGAGAGGGCAGUGUUUCCUUUUUGGUACUUAUUACUGCUAAGUAUUUCCCAGCACAUGAAACCUUAUUUUUUCCCAAAGCCAGAACCAGAUGAGUAAAGGAGUAAGAACCCUUGCCUGAACAUCCUUCCUUCCCACCCAUCGCUGUGUGUUAGUUCCCAACAUCGAAUGUGUAAAACUUAAGUUGGUCCUUUACACUCAGGCUUUCACUAUUUCCUUUAAAAUGAGGAUGAUUAUUUUCAAGGCCCUCAGCAUAUUUGUAUAGUUGCUUGCCUGAUAUAAAUGCAAUAUUAAUGCCUUUAAAGUAUGAAUCUAUGCCAAAGAUCACUUGUUGUUUUACUAAAGAAAGAUUACUUAGAGGAAAUAAGAAAAAUCAUGUUUGCUCUCCCGGUUCUUCCAGUGGUUUGAGACACUGGUUUACACUUUAUGCCGGAUGCGCUUUUCUCCAAUAUCAGUGCUCAAGACACAGUGAAGCAAAUUAAAAAAAAAAAAAUCCCUGAAUGAUGAUUAGAGACAUCACCGCUAAAAAACUACAUUUAUAAGCUAGGAUUUGUUAUAUGCAAAUAUUUUCUGCCUCUUCUUUUGUUCUGUUUAAAACAAUAAAAUGCAUUUGUAUAAAAAAUGCUUUAAA